AUGACGACGAGUGGGGGCGCUGCACGCAUGGUACCAAAGCCGGUGGACGAUCCGGAGGUGGCGCCAGCGGUGGAGGCGGAGCCGUGGCCAUGGCCGGUGAGGGAGAAGGUGUGUCACCAGGCUUUCCUCACCGGCAGCCUGAUGACGCUGCUGCUCCUCGCGUGCUUCGUCCUCGGCCGGGAGAGCGCGUCGUCAGCGAUCGACCUCGCCAAGCUCACAGCCAUGAACAAUGGAACAGCAGGGCUUACGACGAACACUCCUCAUAGCCGCGGCGAGCUUCUCGGCGGGCUUCUCCCGGCGGGCAUGGACCAGUGGGCAUGCCAGAGCCGGUACGAGUCGUGGCAAUACUACAAGCACUUCCCGUACGCGGCGUCGCCGUACCUCCAGGGCAAGCUGCGCGCCUACGAGGCUCGGCACCGGUGGUGCGCCCCCGGCACGCCGCUCUACGCCAAGUCCGUGGAGCAGCUCCGGUCCGGCCGCAGCGCCGAGGGCAUGGAGUGCACCUACGUCGUGUGGCUCCCCUUCGACGGCCUCGGCAACCGCAUUCUAUCCAUGCUGAGCGGCUUCCUCUACGCCCUGCUCACCGAUCGCGUCUUCCUCGCCGCCUUGCCGCCGGACUCGGCUGACCUCUUCUGCGAGCCGUUCCCGGGCACGACGUGGCGGCUCCCGGUGGACCACGACUUCCCCAUCAAAGACCUGGUCCCGCGGGGGCAGCACAUCGACAAGUCGUACACGAGGCUCCUCGACGCCAAGGUGGUCGGCCCGGACGCGAACGCGACGGCGGGCGUGCCGGCGUACGUGUACCUGAGCAUGGGGUGGCAGCUCAAGGACUCGCUCUUCUUCUGCGGUGAGCACCAGCUCGUGCUUGCCAAGGUCAACUGGCUGCUGCUGUACAGCGACCUCUACUUCGCGCCGUCGCUGUAUGAGGUAGCCGAGUUCCAGGACGAGCUUGGGCGACUGUUCCCGGAGAAGGAGAGCGUGCACCACCUCCUGUCCCGGUACCUGCUUCACCCAGCCAACCCCGUGUGGAGCUUGGUCAUCAAGUACUACCGCUCGUACCUGGCUCCGGCGACACGGAGGAUCGGCGUUCAGAUCAGGAUGUACGGCCACUCCUCAAUCCCGGCCGAUGACAUGUACAACCAGAUCCUCAAUUGCUCCAGUCAGGAGCACAUACUACCGGAAACCACCAACGACGAUGACAAGGCUGUGACGCCGACCGCGGUGACUGGCGGCGAUGGCAAUGGCUCCAACAACUCCACGGCCAUCUUCAUCGCGUCGCUGUACUCCGACUACUACAAGAGGCUGGGGUCGAGGUACUCCACGCCGCACGUGGCGAAGGGCGGCGGCGCGACGAGGGUAAGCGUGUUCCAGCGGACACACGAGGAGCGGCAGGCGACUGAGAACCUGGCGCACAACCAGAAGGCGCUCGUGGAGAUAUACUUGCUCAGCUUCUCCGAGGAGCUGGUCACAUCCGGCCUGUCCACGUUUGGGUACGUCAGCAGCGGCCUCGCCGGCAUCCGGCCAGCGAUCCUGCUCACCGCGUUCAACCACAAGGUUCCUGAGACGCCGUGCCGGCGGGCAGUGUCCAUGGAGCCCUGCAACCUCACGCCGCCCCGGGGCCUCAAGUGCCGGGACAAGCCCGCUAACGAGGAGGACCUGGCACGCCAUAUCAAGGUCUGCGAGGAUUUCAAGGAUGGGGUCAAGUUUUUUGACUAG